UAUUAUUUGUUUAGUGGGUGAAAUCUAUGAAAAGGCCAACGCUUCGCUUUCUUAACACUGUAUUCUACGGUUCUAAUUGUCCAAAUCAAUUUUAUUUUUCAUUUUGGAGCUGAUAAAUACUGGGUGACAGUUAUUUUGACAGCUCAUUCAAAUUUUUUUGAGACGAAAAGAAAGCACUUCAUUUGAAUUUAUAAAUUGAGCAUACGGGUUUUAAAGAUGGCAUUCCGUCAGAAGUUUCUCUUGUCCUUUUUUGGAAUCGCCAUAUUGCUGAGUGCUGGCGCAAUAUUGGCCCAAGUGAUGACUGGCGUUGGUGAGCGUGCUGGCCUCGGAUGGUUCCUGUACACCACUAAUCCUUAUAUGUGGGCCGGCCUUGGAGUUGGAUUGUCCUGCUCCCUGUCGGUGGUGGGGGCUGCCGUUGGCAUCUAUACAACGGGUUCAAGCAUUGCCGGCGGAGGUGUUCGGACUCCCCGCAUCAAGACAAAAAAUCUCAUUUCGAUUAUAUUCUGUGAGGCGGUGGCUAUCUAUGGCCUAAUUACGGCAAUUGUUCUGUCAGGGAACUUGCAUCACUCCAAAAGAAGUACCGUAAUGAGCAACCGAUCCCUAAUGGCUAUGAAUUUAUAUACUGGAUUUGCCACAUUCGGUGCUGGUUUGGCUGUGGGACUGGUUAAUCUAUCCUGUGGCAUUUGCGUGGGCAUUGUUGGUUCCGGAGCAGCCUUGGCAGACUCUGUGAAUGCGGCGCUGUUUGUAAAGAUUUUAAUUGUGGAAAUAUUUGGUUCAGCUAUCGGAUUGUUUGGGCUAAUCGUGGGAGUCUAUAUUACGUCCAAGACUGAAAUGGCCAGACCAUAACAUAAACAUGCAUAAUAAAAAAAAUAUCUAAUGUUUAAUAUAUUGUACAACAGAUUGAUAGACUUAA